ACCCAGCCUGCCGGCGAGACCCCGGCCCGACCCGCCGCCCGCACAAGAUGUCGGCCCGGACGCCAUUGCCAACGGUGAACGAGCGGGACACGGAGAAUAAUAUGUCUGUGGAUGGAUACACUGAACCACUCAUCCAACCGACCAAAUCGAGCAGCAGACAGAACAUUCCCCGGUGCAGAAACUCCAUCACGUCAGCCGCCGAUGACCAGCCUCACAUUGGGAAUUACCGUUUACAGAAAACAAUAGGCAAAGGAAAUUUUGCCAAAGUGAAGUUGGCAAGACAUGUUCUGACUGGUAGAGAGGUCGCUGUGAAAAUAAUAGACAAAACUCAGCUAAAUCCUACCAGUCUACAAAAGUUGUUUCGAGAAGUACGAAUCAUGAAGAUACUGAAUCAUCCUAAUAUAGUAAAAUUAUUUGAAGUUAUUGAAACAGAGAAGACCCUCUAUUUAGUCAUGGAAUACGCCAGUGGGGGUGAAGUAUUUGAUUACUUAGUUGCCCACGGAAGAAUGAAAGAAAAAGAGGCCCGUGCAAAAUUCAGGCAGAUUGUAUCUGCUGUACAGUAUUGUCAUCAGAAGUACAUUGUUCACCGGGAUCUUAAGGCUGAAAACCUUCUCCUUGAUGCUGAUAUGAAUAUUAAAAUUGCUGACUUUGGUUUUAGUAAUGAAUUUACAGUUGGGAACAAAUUGGACACGUUUUGUGGAAGCCCGCCCUAUGCUGCUCCGGAGCUUUUCCAAGGCAAGAAGUACGACGGGCCUGAGGUGGAUGUGUGGAGCCUCGGAGUCAUUCUCUAUACACUGGUCAGUGGCUCCUUGCCAUUUGAUGGCCAGAAUUUAAAGGAACUGCGGGAGCGAGUCUUACGAGGGAAAUACCGUAUUCCCUUCUAUAUGUCCACAGACUGCGAAAAUCUUCUGAAGAAGUUAUUAGUAUUGAAUCCAAUAAAGAGAGGCAGCUUGGAACAAAUAAUGAAAGAUCGAUGGAUGAAUGUUGGUCAUGAAGAGGAAGAACUAAAACCAUAUUCUGAGCCUGAACCAGAUUUCAAUGACACAAAAAGAAUAGACAUCAUGAUCACCAUGGGUUUUGUACGAGAUGAGAUAAAUGAUGCCUUAAUAAACCAAAAAUACGAUGAAGUCAUGGCUACUUAUAUUCUUCUCGGUAGAAAACCACCUGAAUUUGAAGGAGGAGAAUCCUUACCCAGUGGAAGCCUGUGUCAGAGAUCACGGCCCAGCAGCGACUUGAACAACAGCACCCUUCAAUCCCCAGCUCACCUGAAGGUCCAGCGAAGCAUAUCAGCGAAUCAGAAGCAACGGCGUUUCAGCGACCACGCGGGCCCAUCUGUUCCUCCUGCUGUGUCAUACACCAAGAGGCCACAGGCGAACAGCGUGGAGAGUGACCAGAAAGAGGAGUGGGACAAAGACAUGGCUCGGAAACUUGGCAGCACAACAGUUGGAUCCAGAAGUGAGAUGACUGCAAGCCCUCUGGUAGGGCCAGAAAGAAAAAAAUCUUCGACUAUUCCAAGUAACAAUGUGUAUUCUGGAGGUAGCAUGGCGAGAAGGAACACCUACGUCUGCGAAAGGACCACAGAUCGAUACACAGCAAUGCAGAAUGGGAAAGACAGCAGCCUUACUGAGAUGUCUGCCAGCAGCAUGUCCUCUGCAGGGUCUGCUGUGGCUUCCGCUGUGCCCUCGGCACGACCUCGCCACCAGAAGUCCAUGUCCGCUUCCGGCCACCCUGUUAAAGUUACACUGCCCACCAUUAAAGACAGCUCCGAAGCUUACCGACCUAGCAGUGCAACCCAGAGGGCACCUGCCCCCUCCCCAUCUGCUCACAGUAUUAGCGCCACCACCCCAGACCGGACCCGCUUUCCCCGAGGGAGCUCCAGCCGAAGCACCUUCCACGGGGAACAGCUCCGGGAACGACGCAGCGCUGCUCACACCGAGCCACCUGCUUCACCUUCCCACGAAACGGGCGCCUUUCCACACGCCAGAAGGGGGACGUCAACUGGCAUCAUCAGCAAAAUCACGUCCAGAUUCGUUCGCAGGGAUCCAAGUGAAGGCGAAGCCAGUGGCAGAACCGACCCCUCCAGAAGCACAUCAGGGGAACCGAAAGAAAGAGACAAAGAAGAGGCCAAAGACUCCAAGCCGCGUUCUCUGCGGUUCACGUGGAGCAUGAAGACCACUAGUUCCAUGGACCCCAAUGACAUGAUGCGAGAAAUCCGCAAAGUGUUAGAUGCUAAUAACUGUGAUUACGAACAAAAGGAGAGGUUUUUGCUUUUCUGUGUCCACGGAGACGCCAGGCAGGAUAGCCUCGUGCAGUGGGAGAUGGAAGUCUGCAAGCUGCCGCGGCUGUCGCUUAACGGGGUCCGCUUCAAACGAAUAUCGGGGACCUCUAUUGCCUUUAAGAACAUUGCAUCCAAAAUUGCAAAUGAGCUUAAGCUGUAAAGCAACCCAGAUGUACAGGAUCAGGGAAGAUGCGUCCAUAUAUGAGGUACAGUUUUUGAAUGUACUGGUAAUGCCAAAUGGGCUUGGCCUGUG